UGCUGCGGCAGAUCGCUCCAUUCAGAUGAUUGGAAGGAAGGAGGAAAAAGUUGCUGCGACUGCCGCGCGCUGAACUAUUGUCAUUUUGUCACUGAAUCCCGCGCCGCGCGGCCAUCCAGGAAAUAAUCACCAGAUUUCUCUUUGGGAUACAUUUCCGAUCAAGUCUCCAGGAAAUUGUGCAGGUGCAGAGUGGUGUUGUGCGCCGGGAAAGGUCGGAUAAAAUCGUCUACCGUGCGUUGCAAAAGUGAUCUAGUUGGUGGAAUCUCGACAGCAAGAGAAAUGUAUGCUACUAAACGUCGUCGUCGUUCCGUCAAAGGGAACAAUAAAUCGGUCGGGCCGAAGGAUCUGCCGUGUAACGGGACUGCUCCCAGUUCGGUGCUGAAGACCAACCCGAGUAAACGGCAUCGGGAGCGGCUGAACAGUGAGCUGGAACGGCUGGCCGGUCUGCUGCCGUUUGAUCCCAACAUCAUCAGCAAACUGGAUAAACUAUCCAUUUUACGAUUAUCCGUCAGCUAUUUGCGGAUUAAGAGCUAUUUUCAAGAGCUGCAGAUUCGGGAGCACGCACUCAAUUACGACGUGGCUGCCGCCGCGGCAGCAGCCCAUCAUCGCCAGCAUCAUCAUCAUGCCCAUAAAGUCAACAACAGCCUCAGUAGUGGCUACUCCUUCCCCUUGGAUCCCACACUGACGCACACCGACUCGGUCCUCGAAGCUUUGAACGGCUUUAUCCUGGUGGUGACCUGUAACGACGGGGAGAUCUUUUUCGCAUCCAGCUCGGCGGAAGCAUUUCUCGGCUUCCACCAGUCCGAUCUAAUACACUACAUGCUGACCGACUUCAUCCACUCGGAAGACCGGCCCGAAUUGAUGAAGCAGCUGUCUUUCCCAGCUGUCUCCCAGCAAGAAAAUGCUCCAGUUUUGGAGCGAUGCUUCAGCGUCCGUUUCCGGUGCCUCCUGGACAACACAUCCGGGUUUCUGCGUAUGGAAAUCCGCGGUCGCAUCGGGCAUUUGUACGGGCAAACGACGUGCCAUUCGGCCGGUACGGAACGGCAAUUAGGCCUGAUUGCCAUAUGUUCGCCGUACGGGCCACCGGCUCUCCUGGAUAAUGCCCCCAGAGAUGCCGGCUUCAAGAGCAAACACAAGCUGGAUCUCUCCUUAAUUAGCCUCGAUAGCAAGGGGAAAGCGCUGAUAGGAUGCGAGGAGGAGGCGGCCUCGUUACCCAGCCGAAAUUUCUACAACUGGCUGCAUCCCGAUGAUCUGGCAUUUGUCGCUUCAGCUCACCGAACCUUGGUCAAACAUGGAUCGUCCAAUUUACUUGCCUACCGCAUUGCCAACAAAUCCCUUCAGUGGCAGUGGCUGCAAUCCACCUUUAAAACCUCCUUCAAAAACGGGAAACCCGACCACGUUGUGGGCAACCACCAGCCGCUGGGGGAAGAGGAAGCCCGUGACCGCCUCCCGAAACGCGACGGGGCCACGCACGACCUAGAUGUGGACACCGACAAGUACCUGGACGAACCGCCGCCCCGGCCCAGCAAACCCAAGAAGCAGCGUGCCUCCCCCACGGCCUCCCUGGCCUUCGCGCCCCUCCCAACCAGUCAGCCGCAACAGCGCCGGCGGAAAUCCUUCUCCGCCGACAUCACCGCCCGCCCCGCGGACACCACGGCGGCGCUGUACACGGCCGCGCAGUUCCCGACACUGGCCGACAGCCAACUGAGCAGUUCCUUGAACUACUGCCCCAACGCCUACUCGUUGCUGGAUUCGGCGCGCCUUUUCGGAUCGGAGACCCUGCUGCCGUACUCGCAGUAUGGUAGCGGGUUUUACUCGUCCCUGCAGGAGGCCAUGCCCCAGGGGGCCACCGGCACGGGGAUCCUGGACGGGAGCCGGUCGUAUGAGUUCUACCCGGCGGGAGCGUACAACGAUGUGAUGCCUACUUCCGGUGAUUAUCUGAAGAGUUAUUACAAAACCAUGGAUGUCUUUCCCGGCAACACCACGUCUUCCUACAGCAACUGCAACAUGAACGGCUACGACGCCGGCUCGGCGUCCCCGUACCUGAGCAGUAAGCCCUCGUGGAUGUCCCAUCACCGGCAGAGUGUCGUGGUGUGGAACAACAACCCCACGCGCUCCCAGGUGGACGCCCUCAAGGGCGGCGCCGCCUCCGCCUGGGCGUCGGCCACGAGUAACGGGUCGGCGUAUUCGCUGCUGUCCAGCAACGGAUACGCCGGUACGAAUGGGGAGGAGGUCAAGUACGCCAACACCCGGCAUCAUCGCGACGAAAAGGAGCGUAGCCAUUUGAGCAGUCUGGGAGUCGAUAAACCGGUAGCCAUUCCCGCUGUGAACUUCUCCAUUGCCGAAGCGACAAAUACCCUGUUGGAUACCGCCGGAUGAUUCUUGUAAAUUGUACCUACUAGUUG